AUGGAACGGCCAGAUUUUGAAACUCUUCACUCACUUCUUGAGGAGAUUAAAGCCUCCCUUGCAACUUAUGAAGCUACACGUUCGAAUCUAGCACGAAAUCAGGCUCUCGAGCAAGCGGUAAAACUGACAAUAGCUCUUGAAAGCCCCAAAGAUGCGGUCUUCAAGCUCUUUCUGUCGCCCACCCAAGCGAUGGCCGUCAAAGUCGCGCAUGACCUCGGUAUCUUCUCGAUUCUGACAGGCUCCGAGACGGCCAUCUCUUGCCAGGAUUUGGCAGAUCGGAGUGGUGCGCACCCGCUGCUGGUCGAACGUAUCAUGCGAGUUAUCGUGGCAAUGGGCUUUGCGAACGAGCAGGGACCCGGACAGUACCGUGCGACCCUACUCUCGAAGGAGAUGACGGGCAAGAAAUCUGGGAUCGUGGACACGCUCUUCCUUGUUCUGGCCCCAGCCAUCCUCCAAACCCCGGCCUUCCUCCGCGACACGCACUACCAGAACCCGGAGGACCAUUCCGCUGGCCCGAUCCAGUACACGUACCACACGCCGAUGAACAGCUUCGAAUGGCUCGCCACUGACAAGACCGCGCAUGCACGGUUCCACGCCUAUGUGGAGGGUGUGCGCGAGGGCCAGCCGGACUGGGUGGACUGGUUCCCUGUGAAGGCGAGGAUCCUGGACGGAUGCGUCGCCAGCGCCAGCGACCCGCUGAUUGUGGAUGUCGCCGCCGGCAGUGGGCGGGAUAUGUUGGCAUUUCAGAGGAAGUUCCCCGACGUCGCGGGUCGAAUCAUCAUCCAGGAUCUUCCGGCUGUGUUCCAGGACGUUCAUGGCCAGGAUCUCGGGCUGGAGAAGGUCGAGCACGAUGUUUUCGAGCCGCAGCCUGUCGUUGGCGCGCGGGUCUACUAUCUCAGAUUCAUUCUGCAUGAGUUCUCGGAUGAUAACUGCCGAAGGAUCCUGAGGAAUAUUACCAGGGUGAUGACAAGAGGAUACUCGAAGGUCUUGAUCGAGGAGUUCCUCCUCCCGGAUGAGCAUGCUGGCCUUUUACAUUCUCUGGUGGAUAUGAUUCUGAUGGUCUUUGGGCCGGGGAUUGUGCGCACGCAGACGCGUUGGGUCGCGCUUCUUGAGUCUGUGGGCCUUUCUGUCAACCUCGUGGCGCAUCCGGACGGGGAUGGGCCGUCUAUCAUCGAGGCUGAAUUGGUGAAUGUGGAGUCGGAGUGA